UUUGGCGUAAACCGUCGGGCACUUAUGUGUGUAACACCGGUGUUUGAGCUCUGUGAUGGAGUUUCGCUGACUGUUAUUCAGUGACGCUUCGUGACUUUUGCAGUAACCGUGUCGCAGCGCAGCGGUGUCCACCUGGAGCUCCGAGUCGGGCGUCAUGGGCGAUAACAUUAUAAUCAGGGUGCAGUCCCCAGAUGGGAUGAAGAAAAUCCCUUCCACCAAGAGGGAGACAGCGGCUACUUUUCUGAAAAAGGUGGCCAAAGAGUUUGGGUUCAAUUCCAACGGGUUCUCAGUUUAUAUAAACCGCAACAAGACCGGAGAGGUUCUGUCCCAGAACAAAUCCCUCAACCUGCUAAAGAUCAAGCAUGGGGACAUGUUGUUUCUGUUCCCCUCUGCGUCCUCCUCCUCUUCUUCUUCAGGGGAGGUAAUGGACACGGCGACCCCACACACAUCGUCAUCCCUGCCAUCCAUCUCGUCCUCUUUUUCGUCCUCGUCUUCGUCCUCGUUGAUCCCUCGGUCCUCCUCGGCACCACAGGUACAGGAGGAUCAGAUCGAUCAGUAUCUGGCCAAACAAGACGGCAAGAUCUACAGGAACAGAGACCCACAACUAUGUCGUCAUGGUGCCCUUGGAAAAUGUGUGCACUGUGUACCGCUAGAGCCUUUUGAUGAAGACUACCUGAACCACCUCGACCCACCGGUGAAGCACAUGUCAUUCCACGCGUACCUUCGCAAGCUGACCGGUGGCGCUGACAAAGGGAAGUUUGCAGCUUUGGAGAACAUCAGCUGUAAGAUAAAGUCGGGAUGUGAGGGUCAUCCUCCCUGGCCUGAGGGGAUCUGCACCAAGUGCCAGCCCAGUGCCAUCACUCUGAACAGACAGAAAUACAGACAUGUAGACAACAUCAUGUUUGAGAACCACACCAUCGCCGACCGAUUCCUGGACUUCUGGAGGAAAACAGGCAGUCAGAGGAUGGGCUACCUAUACGGCCGGUACACCGAGCACACAGACAUCCCGCUGGGCAUCAGAGCUGAGGUGGCGGCCAUCUAUGAGCCCCCACAGAGUGCGACCCAGAACAGUUUGGAACUGUUGGAGGAUCCCAAAGCUGCAGCUGUAGAUGAAAUCGCUGCCAAACUGGGGCUCUGCAAGGUGGGCUGGAUCUUUACUGAUCUGUUGUCUGAGGACACAAGGAUAGGAACUGUCCGCUACACAAGAAACCAGGACUCCUUUUACCUGAGCGCUGAGGAGUGCAUCACGUCCGGAUAUUUCCAGAACCAAUACUCAAACCCCUGCAGGUUGUCUCGAGACGGGUACUUUGGAUCCAAGUUUGUGACCGUUGUUGCGACAGGUGGUCCAGAUAAUCAGGUCCACUUUGAAGGUUACCAGGUGUCCAAUCAGUGCAUGGCUCUGGUGAGAGACGAGUGUCUGCUGCCCUGCAAAGACGCUCCUGAGCUCGGCUACGCCAAGGAGUCCAGCCCUGAGCAGUACGUACCAGACGUCUUCUACAAGGACAAAGAUAAAUUUGGGAACGAUGUCACGUUUCUAGCGCGACCUCUUCCUGUUGAGUACCUUAUCAUAGAUAUAACCACAACUUUCCCAAAGGACCCUCAGUACACCUUCACCUCCACACAACGCUUCCCAAUUGAAAACCGCGACAUCCUUGGAGAGACACAAGAUUUUCACAGUUUAGCCACGUACCUGUCCCAGUGCUCCUCCGCGUCAUUCCUGGAUAUCGUGUCAGACUUCCAUCUGCUCCUCUUCCUCGUCACCAACGAAGUCAUGCCUCUGAGGGACAGUAUUGGCCUUCUUCUGGACGCAGUGAAGACGUCCAAUGAGGAGCUGGCACAGACCUGGAAGAAGUCUGAGCAGUGGGCCACCAUAGAGCAGCUUUGCAGCACGGUGGGCGGGCAGCCGUCCAGCUCUCUGGGUUACGAAGCCAUGGGCGGCCCCGCGGCGCCGGCGUCCUCCUCAGCCAUGUGGUCCUGCCUCCACUGCACCUUCAUGAACCAGCCCGGCACAGAGCACUGUGAAAUCUGCAGCCUGCCCCGCAGUUAAGACCCUCCACAGAACUUCCACCCUGAACGUCCUAACUUCACCAGAUCCAGUUGCAAGAUUCAGACCCCUCCUUCGUUAUUUUGUCCAACUCGCAGUGACGCCUCGGUCUUCCCCUGGUUGCUGAAGGCGCAGAAGGAUGCACUUGUUUAAAUCCACAAAUCUGAAAAAAAGAAAAAUUGAACCAGACAUGAUUUAAUCUUGUUUGUUAUUAUCCCUCUUUUCAGCAGCUCUCAUCUGUUUUGGGCCUAAACUGUUAAAUAUUUCCCCUAAUAACUCAAAUAAAACCUGCUGUGACUCAGGAGGACAGCAAAGACCCCAACUUUCAGAUCUUUCUUCACAUCAGUGCCCCCCCUUACCCUCUUUUUGCUCUCACAGUGACUUCUGGAAAAUCUUGCUGUGUAUAAAUACCUUUGAUGGAU